AAUCCCGUUCCCGACACCGUCAUCCUACCAAGAAAUCGCGUGCCACGUGUACCACUAAAAUCAUUUACUACCCUGAUAGCAUGUCCACCUCAUCUCCUCGCCAUUCGGCACUGACCAUCAAUUUAUCUCCCUCCAGAAGCAUCGUCGUUUUACCUGCACAUCUUCAUCACAAACCGUUUAAAACCCCCAACAUAAGGCCAAAAAAAGCUAUCAAAUCACAAUUCUUGAAUCCUCAUCGUUUCUGUCGUCUCCCAAUUGGAAAUUCCACUCCUCAAUGGCUCUUAGGCUGUUGAAUUUUGCAGGUUAUGUAUGUUUUUUAGCCCUAAUAGUUCAAUUUCGGGGUUCAGAGGCUUUGAUCUCGGCACCUGACAUCAAUCAACAACAUCCUAAAGCCAUAGCGGAUUUGAAGGAAGCUAUUGUCAAAGGAUUAGGGCUUCAAUCGGAUGAUUUUAAGAUAUCUGGCUUUGAUGCACGAGACGCCUUAGUCGGCCGAUCCCUAGCUUAUGAGUUUGAUAUCGAAAUCGAUGAUAAGAUUCUUCCAUUUAAACUUAUGGAGGAUGUCAAUAGAUGGGAAUACGUGGAUUUACCUAUUUUCCAAAUGCAAGAUCAGAUCAUAAACGCCGGUGAUGAGAAUGGUCUGGUCGAGAAAAAAGUCCUCGGAGAAAGGCUACCUGUUUUGGCUCCAUUUCAGCUCGCAGGCCCAAUGGAGCUCUGGAUCCAAGACGCCAAGGACAUGAGGCUUUCCUUGCCUCAUGACGUUGAUGCUGGUGAACUAAGGAAAAUAAUCCUAGCAGAUGGUGCGGUUGUGACAGUGAAGGGUGCCCGAUCGGUCAGCCUACGCCACCCAAUCGAGCUUCCACUUCCAUUAAACACCACCCAAAACGGCUUCGCUUCAGGUCUCCUAACCCUAGCAGAACGCCUCCGACACGCUUCCCAAACACAAACUCAACUUCUCUCCCUUCGAAUCGUGGGCCCUACGUCUCUCACAUCACCAACUCCAUCCUCACCAUCUUCAAAGCUCAAACUCAAGCUCAAGCGCCUCGCACCUGGUUUAGUCGAACUCUCCUCGGUUUCAAAAACCGCAAUCUCAACCGUUGAUCAUCUUCAAGAAGACGCCCCGACCCUCCUGACACCGGACCAUUUCACCACAUUAUGGCCGGUGACAUCCAUCAACGGUUCACACUCGAACCUAGUUGGGUUAGAAAGACUGCUGACGUCGGUUUUGGGUUCGAAAGCCAGUAAAGAGGGUUCGUUUAAGCUUUUGAAAGCAGAUGUAUCGGCUCGUACUUUUGUGAAGAUAGGGUUCAGAGUGGAGAAGAAGCUGAGCGGAGCCGGAAACCUGUCAGAGUGGGAGAGUCAGCGUGUAGGUCAGCUGCCCGAAUGGAGGACGAAGCCGGAAACAAUGAAGAUGCAUUUUGAGGUGGUGGCGAAGGUUGAUGGAGAUAAGUUUGUGCCGGAGAGAGUUGUGCAGAUUCAGCCUGUUGCUGUGCAGCAUACUGUAGCACAAAGUGUUUUUGUUGGGAACACAUCUAUGUCUAAGCAGCCUCUUGUUUAUACUCCUUUUAGUCCAUUUGCGUUAUAAAGGUUACAAAAGUUUCUAUAUAUUGAAAAUGAAUCCUUUUAUUUAUCAUUUUCAGAGUAUAUACAAAGAUCAUAUGUUUUAUAGGAUUA